AACUGGAUUCUCCGCGGCUACAAAAACACAGAGCGCGCUGUGCAAUGACCUUGUUUCCUCUGCAGAUAUUUGAAGCGAAAAGGAACCCAAGUGAACGUAAGGCCGAGAGAGUGAGAAAAGGAAACUGAGGCAUGGCUGAUGGGUCAAAUAUGCAGCUCGAACUGCAUGGGAUAUUUGAACACAACGGCACCUUUGACUAUGACAACUAUACCGGUGAAGAGGAUUGCAUCACAGUGAGGUCCUCUGCAGCUAUAUUCGUCUCCAUCCUGUACUCUGUGACACUCGUGCUGGGGCUGAUUGGUAACAUCCUGGUGCUGGUUGUGCUGUGGCAGAAGAGGCAUAGCUGGAGCGUGACAGAUGCCUUCGUGCUUCACCUGAGUGUGGCUGACAUACUGCUUCUCCUCACCAUGCCACUCUGGGUAGUGGAUGCUGUGAUAGGGUGGAGCUUCAACACUGGAGUUUGCAAGCUGGCUGGAGCUUUGUUUAAGAUCAACUUCUACUGCGGUAUCUUCCUGUUAGCCUGCAUCAGCCUAGAUCUAUACUUUUCUAUAGUUCACACAAUGCAGCUUUGCUCACGCACAAAGUCCUGGCUGAUGCAGCUCAUCUGCCUGGCUGUUUGGUUCUUCUGUUUUCUUCUCUCCAUCCCUGACUGGAUGUACCUGAAGGUUCCAUCUGACCCCGAGAAAGAAGGUGAUAUCGAGUGUGUGCAUGAGUACCCAUCUAAAGAAUCACGUCUGGGUUCACGUUUGUCCUACCAUCUGUUAGGCUUUUUUCUUCCUGUCAUGGUGCUGCUGUAUUGUUCUGUUCUUGCCCUGAUGCAGUGCAGAUCUGAUCAGCGUGUGCAGAAACAGAGAGCCGUGCGAGUCAUUCUUGCCCUGGUGUUGGCCUUUUUCAUCAGUUGGACACCUUACAACAUUGCUCUGCUAGUGGACACUAUCAGUUCUUCACCCGACAAAGUCACAGAAAGUUGUGAAGCUCACAGGUGGACUGCAGUGAAAAGCACAGCCGUUCUCGGUUUCCUUCACUCCUGCUUCAACCCUCUGAUCUAUUUCGGCUUUUCAGAAAAAUUCAGACACUGGGUGUUAGCCAUCUUGAAGUGUGUCAGUUGUGCAGUGGGCAAUGGUGACUUUUUCCCAUGGGAUUCUCAAGAAGUUGACAAAGCUACUCCUGUCUCACAGGAGGAGAAAGGAUCACUACACCCAAUGAGUGAUAUUAAACUGACUAUUACACAGCAGCAGGAUGAUAAAAUAAUUUGAUCUCGAUAUAGAAUGAAGAGUUCUGCAACUUAAUUUUUUUUGUCCUAAUAUUUUAUCAAUUAAGAAAGUAAUGGACUUGGGUUUGGAUGUCAGAAACUGAAAUGCUGUUGUGUAAAAGAGGAUAACUUACAGCAUCACAUCAUUUGACUAACCAUUUUAGUGGGAAAGUUUUCAGUAGCCAGAUAUAUGCACGUGGGGUCUCAUUUAUCAAAGCGUGCAUAGAACAAGUUUUAAAUUCGUGUGUAAGAGCCUCCACACAUUCGUGUUUAUAAUGCGUGUGUACACACAGCUGAACCCAGUUGACGUAAAUAAAUACGUUCUAUAUUGCUCUGUUCCUGCACAGCCACACGCACUUACACAGAGACACGCCCCCAAACGACCAUAUAUGGUUACAAUGUCCCUUUGAAAUGCACAGCAGGAUGCUUGUGGUGUUGCUUGUGGCAGCAUGAAUUAAAGGUACCGUUACAGUAAGUAGACUAAAGCCUGAAUGGUUUAUUUCAUGAGUAGUUUGUCAAAGGAUGUGUUAUGGUCACGUGUGCAUUCUUUUGCCCCAGUUAUCUUUCGAAAACCUGUCAUGGCAUGAAAAUCCCCUCGGUGUUUUCCGCUGCAUUAUAUGGAAAUGUAAUGUAUUGUCGCAUGAGCGAUAUGAAUGAAAGUAAGACUGAUCAUUAUUCAACUUGGAAAUGUCAGAUCUGCUUGUUGAAAUGUCCCUGAGGCUAUGUUGGAGCCAUAUUAAAACCUUUUUAAUUUAUAAUAAUAAUAAUAGUUUGAGUAGCCCUGCGAUAACUUGGUGACUUGUCCAGGGUGUACCCCGCCUCUCGCCCAUAGUCAACUGGGAUAGGCUCCAGCUUGCCUGCGACCCUGUAGGACAGGAUAAGCAGCUACAGAUAAUGGAUGGAUGGAUGGAUAAUUUGAGUUAGAUUGAUGCAAUGUGAUGGAACUGUUUGCCUAAUGACGGUGUGUGACAUAGAUAAGGAACCUCCUUGAUUUUGUGUCACAAGGGCAACCUUUAAUUACAUAAUUGGAAUGUUUUGUUGGGAGGUUGGAGGGCAGAGAGCAAAAGUUUUCUGACCACACAUCAAAAUUUCUUGACUCUCAUAUUAGAUUUUUGUUUUAAUUUCUCUAAGAAGAGUCAACCGGAGUUUAUGGUCUACAACAAAUACGUUUCAGUUAUUUUGAAGUCCACAUCUCCAUGCAUGCUUUAUACAAAGUGUGUGAUGGCAACUCAGCACCUAACCUCAACUGGCUAGAAGGGCCAGGAUAGCAAAAAUAGACUAAAACCCUAGUGUAGAAAUCAACAAAAAAAAAAUUGCACUGGAUAAAUCACUGUCAACUAAGCAUUUCCUGCACUUUCCUCCCUGAAGACAUUCCUUCCUUCUGCAAAGCUGUGUGUGCUCAGGCAUCAGCCUAAUCAGUAUUUACACUCUCAGAAAUAGGGGUACAGUAGGUCAAGGUCUUUUUAUUUGUCAUUUCAACCAUAUACAGUUGGUACAGUACACAGUUAAAACGAAACUACGCUUCUCCAGGACCAUGCUGCUACACUAAACAUCGCAGGACUACAAAUCUACAUAUAACAACAUAAAGUGCAAGAGUGCAACAAAUGACACAAUAGACAAACAAUAAAUGGACAAUAAACGACACAAGCAACAUAAAGUGCAGAGUUGAGUGUGCAUAAUGAGGUAGUAUAUGAAAGGGAAUAAAUAAAUGUAAACCUUGUGUGUGCGAGAGACACUGUAAACAUUGUAAGGCAAUAGUGCGAUAUUGUCCACUGUGCAAAAGAUUGCAGUGUGAGUGGUGUGUUCAACAGUCCAUGAGAAUCAGUCCAGUCCCUCAGAGUUGAGGAGUCAUGAUGGUAUGAGGAAUUGAGGUAGUAUAUGAAAAUGGAAUAAAUAGAUGUAAACCUUGUAUGUGUGUGUGUGUGUGUGUGUGUGUAUAGGACUCCAUUUCUGUCCCCCAAGGUACAAUCUGCACUAAUGUAUCCCCUAGGGCUCAUUAUGUUCCCAAUCAGUAUAUAAAUGGUACAAGAGGACCAUAGGUACCUCAGAGGAUACUGCCCCAGUGACAAGCCAUUGUACCCCUAAAGGUACAAUAAUGUACUUUGUUUUCUGAGAGCGUAGAUGUACUUUUUAAUAUAGUUUUACUUUAUAUGUUGUCUAUGUCACCUGUCUGGACCGGGCACUGAUUAUUACACCUUUCUUUCUAACACUAGGUUUUACCUGCAUAUGCGUGAUCAGGAGUGUGCAUAAAUAUACACAUAUCCUCAGGCACAAGAAAAACUUGAUAAAUCACAUUCAGUACAUAGAAGGACACGUAAGCACAGAGUAUGCACAAAACUAUCCGGUUGAUAAAUGAGACCCCCGAUGUGUCUAGAUGUAAGAAAUUAUAAGCUUUAAAAGUUUGUUGAUUUUUAGAAUUAAAUGCGAAAUUUUCGAGUUGUUCUGUAGCAGAUUUACACUGUCCCAGUAUGUUUUGUAUGUCUGUUUUGCUCUUUGUUAGCUAGAAAAGGAUAUCAAAGGGUACAUUUAACAAAGCAAGGCAACUAAAUAUUCGUGUUUGUUUGUUUUUUGUUUUUCUUCAGAGAUAAUCCAAUUAUUUUUCACUUUUUAUUUCCAUGUUAUGCCUCUUUCAACAGUAUGGAGCAUAAUGAGAGUCUAUAAUGUGCAUAGCAUUGCCAUAUAUGUGUGUAUG